CGAGAAUGUAUAACCUUUCUACCCCGGAUAAUUAUCCCUUUCCUGCCGACCCUUCUUCUUUCUCAACCACCAUGACCUCAGACCAUACAAGGAGGCAAACAGAUUCAGCUAAUCCUUCAAGGAAAUCUGCUUUAUCCUGCGCUGAAUGCCGGAGAAGUAAGCUACGAUGCGACAGAGUAUUUCCUUGCCAGUCAUGUAUCAGGCGAGGAUGUGCUGGGAUAUGUCCAGACGUCAUCAUGGCCCAUGCAGAAAAGCUCGCUGAAGAAGUCAAAGUAUUGACGGCACGCAUACAUGAUCUCGAAGAUGCACUCUCCUCUCGUGACGGUGCAUCCCAUCCAUUACUACAAGGACGAGAUCCCCAACGGGACGAAAUAGACGCCCUCUACGAGAAGGGCCUUCAGGAAGUCUCAGAUGCAAUUGGCUCCCUUGCCAUUGGCUCCGAUGGGCAGGCAAAAUACUAUGGCGAAACUGCUGGCUCCGAGUAUCUUGGAAGCCUUCUACCCGAAGAGGAGAUAGUACAAGAAGAACGCCCCAAAGAUCUCGACCUUCCUUUGGAAAUCCUCGACCUAGUCAAUGCGUUCCCGUUGGGAAUGAAAGAGUGCAACUAUUCAAAAUUCAUUUUUGCACCCUACCUGCCGACACAAGAGAGGGCAAUGUAUCUGGCAGAGCUGUACUACCAGAACACCGCUUGGAUGUACGAUCCCAUUGUUCAACAGGAUUUUGUGAUGAACAUCUUGACACCAUUAUAUUUCGCACCAGGGUUUACGACCCUAGAAACUAUUCAUGCCCACAAACUUGCGGUCUUUUUCAUGGCCAUGGGCGACGGUGUUCUCUACGAUAGCAGCCCUGACUCGGCUUAUUUGUCGGAACAAUAUCACGCUCUUGCGCAAGCGGCGAUGUCUAUCGAACCUUUACUCAUGGAAGCGACUUCCGCCACCGUUCAGGCGUUGUUCAUGAUGUUCCGUUUUAUAUACAACUCGGACCGGAAAAGUAACGAGACCCGAUGGAUUUUAGCUGGCCUUUGCGGUCGUAUAGCACAAUCCGUGAAUCGAGACAGCUCGGGAUGGAACCUAAAUCCUGAGGAGCUUCAACGACGUCGGAGAUUGUUUUGGGAGCUGUAUACACAUGAUGCAUGGACAUCUAUCGUCAAUGGACGGCCACCAGCUCUGAUGAUCCAACACACUGACUGCCGUUUCCCCGACGACCUAGAUCCCGUAGUCAAACCGACAGGGGAGGUGGAACUCGGAUGGCAUGCUUGGAAAUUCAGAUACUCAGCGAGCUGCCUUUCCAUAUCCAUACAGCAUAUCUUUACGACCAGAGCACCCAAUUACAAAGCCCUUCUCGACUUGGACAAGAAAAUCAGAAAAUUUCCCGUCGCACAUCAUCUGCUCUCUCCUAUAGAGACGUCCGAACCUGGGCGCGCGUGGUCAUCUAAUCGCGUACAUGCCUUGCAACAGUAUUGCGUGGUUUGUGAGAGAGAAUCAAAUCUCCUGUAUAUCCACCGAAGCUAUUUUGCACAGGCCAUUCAGGGACAGUCGCGCAACCCACUACAGCACAUGUACGCGCCGUCAGUGCUGGCAACGUACCGAAGUGCCUGCCGACUGAUCUCAAGUCUUCGUGGCCUGAACGUCGUACUGGGCGCUCUCGUCGUCGAAAGUCCUUCAUGUAGCUUGUCUCAAGAUGCGCUAAUUUUGCUUAAUCAAACCAUCCCCUUCUACGAUGAGGGCUCUCGACGCUGCCGCCCAGCGAACACUCUGCCCAUGCUUCACAAACUACGGGACCAUGACCGAUCUUGCGCCGACCCCGACGCUCCCGACGAGCUGGCCGUCUUAGGCGGGCGCAAAUCUGUAAUAAACAAGAAAGCGUCAUCACAUUCUCCGAGCUCGAAUGACUCGCACCAGAUUUCGGGGUCCUAUAUAUAUGGGGAUGGCAGCGACUCGGGUGGCAGCGGCAGCGGUGGUGAUGCGCUGAUGGACUAUUAUGACGACCUAGGCACGUCAGGGCUCAGUCCCACGUACCAAAAGCGAUACGAUCUCUCCCUAGGCGAUAUCAGCCCGUCAAGUGCACAUCAGUACGUGCAGCCUCAGACUCAGACGUCGUCAUAUCCCAUGCAGUCCCGAGCGCAGGUGCAGCAGAUGUACACUUCGAAUGUGCAAUCAGUGCACCCGUCGUUCCAGGCAAUAUCUGUGGACCAGGCGUUGGCGCCGAUGGGGUAUGCGUUUAGUGCGACGCAGGAUCAGACCCAAGAUGAUAUUUGGAGAAAUUUCGUGCGGGAGUUUGGGUUGGAGCAUAUAUGACUCUGCUUGAUGAAACAUAUAGCUAGCUAAUAUCUCGGCAGUAUUUUAUGAGGUGUAUGUAUGUAAAACUUAUUAUCUUGUAUCCAAUGUUCAAGGUGCAGCAAGAAGACUUGAUCAAUCGAAAA